GCCCGGGGCCUCCCCUGCCCGCCCAGUCGGUUCUCCCGGAGCCGCAGACUAGGCGCAGCCCGCGGUGUCCCCCGGAGUGCCGCUGCUACCUGUGGAGCCCCGCGGGCGCCCCCUUCCCCAGGGACCUUCUGCUCCUCCUCUUCCUCCUCCUCCUCCAAAACCUCCGCUCCAGCGACUCGUGUCCUGAACCCGUGGUGCUGGGAGCCGAGGACAGGGCGCCAGGCUCGCAGCUGGUGGUGACAUGUAGGUGUCACCCUGGUCUAGCCUCGGAACCUGGGCGCCCUCUUGCACGGAAAGUUUGGGCGCCAUGGCCAAGAGCAGCACCCUCAGUAUCCGCGUGGUGGAGGGUCGGGCGCUGCCCGCCAAGGACGUGUCUGGGAGCAGUGACCCCUACUGCCUGGUGAAAGUGGACGACGAGGUGGUGGCCAGGACAGCGACCAUCUGGCGGAGCCUGAGCCCCUUUUGGGGGGAGGAGUACACCGUACACCUGCCUCUGGACUUCCACCAUCUGGCCUUCUACGUGCUGGACGAGGACACGGUCGGGCAUGAUGACAUCAUUGGCAAGAUCUCCCUGAGCAAGGAGGCCAUCACAGCCGAUCCUCGAGGGAUCGAUAGCUGGAUCAACCUGAGCCCCGUGGACCCGGAUGCAGAGGUGCAGGGUGAGGUCUGCCUGGAGGUGCAGGUGCUGGAGGACACGCGGGGCCGAGGCCUUCGCUGCCAUGUGCGCCAGGCCAGGGACUUGGCCCCCCGGGACAUCUCUGGCACAUCGGAUCCAUUUGCCCGGGUGAUCUGGGGCAGCCAGAGUGUGGAGACAUCAACCAUCAAGAAGACCCGAUUCCCACACUGGGAUGAGGUGCUGGAGCUGCGAGAGGCUCCUGGGACCCUGGCCCCGCUGCGGGUGGAGCUCUGGGACUGGGACAUGGUGGGCAAAAACGACUUCCUGGGCAUGGUGGAGUUCCCCCCACAGCUCCUGCUGCAGAAGCCACCCAAAGGCUGGUUCCGCCUCCUGCCCUUUCCUAGACCUGAGGAGGAUGCUGGGGGGAGCCUGGGGGCCCUGCGGCUGAAGGUGCGUCUUACUGAGGACCAAGUCCUGCCUUCCCGGUACUACCAGCCUCUCAUGGAGCUGCUUCUGGAGUCGGUGCAGGCCCCAGAUGAGGAGGACACCACUAGCCCCCUGGCCGUGCUGGAGGAGCUGACCUAUGGAGACUGCCGCCAGGACCUUGCCACCAAGCUGGUGAAGCUCUUCCUCGGCCAGGGCCUGGCAGGGCCGUUUCUGGACUACCUCACACGGCGUGAGGUGGCUCGAACCACUGACCCCAACACCCUCUUCCGUUCUAACUCCCUGGCAUCCAAGUCCAUGGAACAGUUCAUGAAGCUCGUGGGCAUGCGCUACCUGCACGAGGUCCUGAAACCAGUGGUCAGCCGUGUCUUUGAGGAGAAGAAGUACAUGGAGCUGGAUCCCUGCAGGAUGGGUCUGGGCCGCACUAGGAGGAUCUCCUUCAAGGGCACACUGUCUGAGGAGCAGGUGCGAGAGACCAGCCUGGGACUGCUGACCGGCUACCUGGGGACCAUUGUGGAUGCCAUUGUGGGCUCUGUGGGGCGCUGUCCUCUCUCCCUGCGCCUGGCCUUCAAGCAGCUUCAGCGGUGCGUGGAGGAGCGCUUCCCUGGGGCAGAGCACCAGGACGUGAAGUAUCUGGCCACGAGUGGCUUUCUCUUCCUGCGGUUCUUUGCACCUGCCAUCCUUACUCCGAAGCUCUUUGACCUCCGGGAUCAGCAUGCAGACCCCCAAACCAGCCGCUCACUGCUACUGCUUGCCAAGGCUGUGCAAAGCAUUGGGAACCUGGGCCAGCAGCUGGGCCAGGGCAAGGAGCGGUGGAUGGCCCCCCUCCAUCCUUUCCUGCUGCGGAGCAUCGCGCGUGUGAGAGAAUUCCUAGAGCAGCUGGUGGAUGUGGAUGCAUGUGAGGAGGCUGGCGGCCCAUCCCGGGCCUUGGUCCCGCCCUCCGUGAUUGUUCGAGAAGGCCUUAUGCUCAAGCGCAAGGAGGAGCCUGCCAGCCUGGCCACACGCUUCGCCUUCAAGAAGCGCUAUUUCCGGCUCAGCGGGGAGAGCCUGUCCUACUCCAAGAGUCCUGAGUGGCAGGUUCACUCCUCUAUCCCGGUGUCGCACAUCCGUGCUGUGGAGCGCGUGGACGAGGGCGCUUUCCAGCUGCCCCACGUCAUGCAGGUGGUGACGCAGGAUGACACGGGGGCUCUGCACACCACCUACCUCCAGUGUAAGAACGUGAACGACCUCAACCAGUGGCUGUCGGCCCUGCGCAAAGCCAGCGCCCCCAACCAGGACAAACUGACCUCCUGCCACCCUGGUGCCUUCCGCGGUGGGCGCUGGACCUGCUGCCACCAGGCAGAGCGCUCAGCUGAAGGCUGCAGCCGCACACACUCCGCCGUCACCCUGGGGGACUGGAGUGACCCACUGGAUCCUGAUGGAGAGGUCCAGAUGGUAUACCGCCAGCUGCUGCUAGGACGGGAUCAGCUCAGGAUGAAAUUCCUGGAUGAUUCCAGCCUAGACACAGCUCCAGAGCUAGAUGCCAGGGAGGACUCCAGCACUGCUGACGGGUCCUGCCCCGAGGUCCUGACCCGGCAAAGAGCAGCUGCGGCCCACCUGCUACAGGUGCUUGAAGACCUGCAUCAAGCCCACGAGGAGUUCCAGCAGCAGGGACAAGUGGCCCCCUAGGGUGCUGAGGAGUGGGGAGAGCCUGACUCAGACAAGGAGCCAUGGGGCCCUCGCCAGUGACCCCUGACCUGGGAGUCUUCCUCCUGUCCGUGCCUCAGUGUACUUAUGGCUUGGACACUCCCAGAGAAAGACUGGUCCUGUGUGACCACAUCCAGCCACGGCAUGGGGGUCUUCAGCAGGGCUCAGCCUUGCCCUGAACACUCUGCACGGACUCCUCUGAGCCAGGCGUCCUAGCUUCCCUGGACACACCUCUUUCAAUACCCACAGAGCCAGCCUUGCCCGGAGCUGCUGGAUACAGCUGUCCUUGAAAUCCCUAUGGCCAGGCAGUCUGGUGUCCCGGAGAGGCACUAUAUACAGGCUUAUCUACAGCACCUGUCUUCGGGUCUGUGAGUCCCUGUGACCUCGCGGAUAUUUCUGUACCCAACCCUUGGCAGAAGGUCCCAAACCAGAGCUGAGAAAACUCAGGAAGAAUAGGUUGGGAGCCCAGUGUGUUAGAUUGGAACCCUUGAAGCCUGAUAUAGGCUCUUUCUCCCCUUUAAGCCUGUUUCCCUGUAUAAAACAAGGAGCAAGUGUG